GUAGCUAGCAUCCUGCUGUCUAGAGAGCAGAGAGGAGAGAGAGAGAGCUGCUGCUCCAUGAGGUUAAAGUUACUGUUUUAUUACAUUAUUCUUCUCUAAUAAUGCUGCAGAGACAGAUAUUAUAUAAUAUAUGUUAUAAAACAGAGUCUAGUUGUGUUUAGAGGAACAUUAACAUCAGAAUGAGGGUUUGUUUUGGUGUUAAAACUCAGCAGCUGAUCAGAAGAGUCUUCAGUCAUCAUGUCAAUCCAUCAACAACAGUGCGAUGGCGAGCAGCGGGGACCAGACUCUUCUGCAGUCCUCCAACAGGUGAAGAGAAACCCCGACACUCCAUGCUGCGACACCUGACCUCCAAAAUAAAAGCCACAGGUCCGAUUCCGGUGGCAGAGUACAUGAGAGAGGUGCUCACCAACCCAGUGACGGGUUAUUAUGUGAAGAACGACAUGCUGGGACCUGAUGGAGAUUUCAUCACGUCACCAGAAAUCAGCCAGAUCUUUGGAGAGCUGCUCGGCGUGUGGAUCAUCAGCGAGUGGAUGGGAGCGGGUCGACCCAAACAGCUGCAGCUGGUCGAGCUCGGACCUGGAAAAGGAUCUCUGGCCAGCGACGUCCUCCGAGUGUUCAGUCAGCUGAUGUCCGUGAUGGGCGGAGCCUCGGUGUCUCUCCACCUGGUCGAGGUGAGUCCGGCUCUGAGUCGUCUUCAGGCCCAGAUUCUAACCGGGAACCGUAGCCGGGAGGCGGACGCCGAGGAUGAGCCGGUGUACCGCCAUGGGGAAACCGCCGGCGGGCUGCCGGUGUCCUGGUACCGCCGCUUAGAGGACGUCCCCGAAGGAUUCAGCAUCUUUCUCGCUCACGAGUUCUUUGACGCGCUGCCGAUCCACAAGUUUCAGAGGACUCAGAAAGGCUGGAGGGAGGUGAUGGUGGACAUCGACCCAGAGAAACAGGACCAGCUGAGGUUCGUCGUGUUGCCGUCUCCUACGCUGGCCUCGUCCACGCUUGUCCAGGCGGAUGAAAGGCGAGGUCACGUGGAGGUGUGUGCAGACGGUGGUGUCGUCGUCCAGCAGCUCGCCCGACGGAUCCAGGAGGUCGGCGGCGCGGCGCUGAUCGCCGACUACGGCCACGACGGAACCAAGACGGACACGUUCAGAGGUUUUAAAGGUCACCGGCUCCACGACGUCCUGUCCUCCCCCGGCUCGGCCGACCUCACCGCCGACGUGGAUUUCAGCUACCUGCGGAGGAUGGCCGGAGGGGGCGUGGCCUGUCUGGGACCCGUCACUCAGAGGACGUUCCUGAAGAACAUGGGCAUCGACUCCCGGAUGCAGGUCCUGCUGAGGAACUGCAGCGACGCGUCCACCAGGAAGCAGCUGAUCGGCAGCUACGACAUGCUGACCGACCCCGCCAAGAUGGGCGAGCGCUUCCACUUCUUCGGCCUGCUGCACCCGAGCCGGCUGGCCCAACCCACCAGAUCAGAGGGGAUGAAGCUGGAGAAGAACAAUCCGGCGCCGCUGCCCGUGGCCGGAUUCACCGAGCUCAUCUUCUCCUGACGACUUUCAGAAGAUCAACAGGUCGGAGACGUCUGGAGACGUCCGGAGACGAUCGGGACUUUUCCUGAGAGGUUCUGGAGCUCGGCCAGACGUUACGGGAGAUUUCACAACAUCAUGCUCACGCUGUUAUUACAGCCAACAUUUAAAGAAACGCAGAGUACUCAUCCAGAAGGAGGACAGAGUCUCUGAUUUAGAGGAAAAGAAGACGUAUUAUGUCCAACAUGAAGAGAGCUAAAGGACAAUUUCUCUUUAAGUUCACUCUAAAGAUGUUUUGAUCUAAAGAUGCAAGAAAAAUAAAGAAUUUGUGAAUGUAUUAUUUAACCCAGCGGUCAGUAACAUGCGUCUCUUCAGCUCCUCUCCAGAGGAUUUAUAAACAUGGAAAUGAAUACCUGUU